AUGCCGCUGUUGACGAGAUCGUCGACGGCGCCGAACAGGAGGAGCACUUAUGAGGCUUGGAACUCCAAUUCCUACGAUGAUGACCUCUCCCACUCCGACAGCCGGAGAAGCAGCUCUCGCAGAGACAUGAGCCCGCCAUCGCACCUGUACCGCUCCACGCCAGACUCGAGACGCUCCUCGCCGCGCACCUCGGUCUGUGAGUCAGAAGGAGAGACUGAGCUGACCGCAUCCACCCAAGACAACAGAGGCCGCGGGAAAGGGCCCGACAUCAUUCCAGACAAGUCGGUUCUUGCCGACCGCCUCCGGCCCAGGAGCAAACGCCGCCGCCGCCGCACGAGGCCGGAAGACGUGAUAUUCGAGGAGGAGCUUGACCAUCGCGACCCCGACCCAAGGCCCCCACCGUCGCUUGACCGCCAUAGAUCGCCGUCCCGGCACUCGUCGGAUCGCCAUCAUCACCGCCACCACAGCUCUCACCGACAUCACCGAGCUCCUGUCGAGGAGAGGGAUCCUCACCUCCGCUCAUCGUCUAGAAGGUCGUCCUCACGUUACUAUGAAGCCGAAGUUCGAUACCCAGAGAAGCCCGCGCUUCUUAGGCGGUCAAACACCACGGGUGGUCCCCAUGAUACGCAAAGUGUAAGCUCAUCAAGACGUUCCUCAAGAUUGUUGAAGGGCUUCUUCGGUUUAUCACAUCAGCACACCCGCCCCUCGUCUCGCAAGCCUGUCAAACACGUCGAGUGCGUUGUUUGUAUGGAUGGCCUACCCCGGCAGAAGGUGGCCAAGCUUCGGUGCGGCCACUCAAUGUGUCACUCAUGCCUCAAGCGGAGCUUCAAACUCUCCAUCACAGACCCCCAGCACAUGCCGCCCCGAUGUUGCACCAAAGAUCACAUCCCCCUGAAACAUGUUGAUCGCUUGUUUAACGCGCAAUUCAAAAAGACAUGGAACGAGAAAUAUCGCGAGUACUCCACCCGCAACCGUGUCUACUGCCCGUCGCGAAAGUGCGGCGAAUGGAUCCCACCCGAAGACAUCCAUCGCGACGAAGGCAAAAAAUGUGCCCGGUGCCACCACUGCAAGACCAAGAUCUGCUGCCAGUGCCAUGGAAAAUGGCACAGCUCUGGAGACUGCCCGAGAGACGAAGACACCAACGAGGUGCUGCGACAAGCGAAGAAGGAGGGCUGGAAGAGAUGCUACAAGUGCAAGAGCCUGGUUGAACGCAACGAGGGAUGCAACCAUAUGAUGUGCCGAUGCGGAGCAGAGUUCUGUAUGGUAUGUGGUAACAAGUGGAGGACCUGUGACUGUCAGUGGCUCAACUACGACGACGUUGAAAAUGACCGCCUUGCACACAUGCAAAUCCCCAUGGACAUCCGGGCGAACCCUAUGGGCCCGAUGCCGCUGCAACCUCGAGACCACAUGCCGGCCAUGCAGCCGCCUCCGUUUGCCCCGAUGCCGAUGGUGGUAAACCACAUGUCCCCCCACACUCCACCUCAUACUCCUCAUGCACCUCCUCAUGUAAAUGCCCAUGUAUACGACGAUGACAGGAGGCGUCGGAUGCCACAGGAGCAGGAUGACGACGCACUAGCUCGGAGGCUGCAAGCUGUGCCACUUGAUGAUGACUUUCGGGGUGGUAUGGGCGACCCGAUGGGCAUGGGGCAUCAGGCAGGCCCUUUUGCGAGCGAAGAUUACAGACGGGGUCCUAUGAACCCAUUGGCGCCAGCGGCACCGACGCCGCCUCCGGCCGCAGCUCCUCCUGUGCAACACGCUGCCACGCUCGAGAGGUCAAACUCUGCGACGGAUUACAUAUCCGGCGUGAACAAGGCGCGAGGCGUGUUCGCGCCGGGCAUGGAAAGACGACUCGCAGAUCGGUUCAGCACGGAGCCCAGGACGAGCCCGACGCACCGCCAUGCUCCGACUGGGUUUGGCCCGCCUCCACCUCCGCCAGGUGCAAUGAUUCACACGCAGCCCUCCAUGUCUGCCUUGCCCAUGCAGUCCAUGCAGCCCAUGCAGCCCAUGCAGCCCAUGCCGUCUAUGCCAUCCAUGCCAUCAAUGCAAUCCAUGUCUAUGCCGCCCAUGUCCAUGCCCACGGCUCCAGUCCCGCCACCGGCGGUACCGGGCUACCCCUCGUCACCGAGGAGGCACAGCGUGGCAGAUCCGGAAUACUACGACAGCCCGCGACGGCACAGGCAGAGAUCGUCGGAACGGCCCAGUGCCAACUACAGCCGGCGGCGGGAGAUCUACGAAGAGGAUGCGGAGGACGCGGAGGAGGAGCGGCCGCGGACGUCGAGCCGCAGCCGCAGACGACAUCACCACCACCGGCAGCACCAGCGCGAGGAACCCGAGAUCAAGAGCUCGAUGCUCGCGGGGCUCACUGGACCCGGAGCCGGGAUGAACAGGGUCUUUGAGUGGAGAAACCACGUCGAGCCCGGCCCGCCGGAGGAAGGCCAGCAGCUGCCCCCGGCGUCGACGCGGUCCUGA